AUGGCUUUCCUAAUAUCUGUAUGGCUGAACUGUGUGUGGAGGGCAACACAAGCUCGCUUGUUGCACAUGGGAUUGGAUGUCACAUUUACUUUUUGUGUACUUGGAUUCUUGAUUCACACGGCCGCUGUGUCAUCCCAAAAGUUGGAUGAUAUUGACCCUGUGGUGACCACCAAUUUUGGAAAGCUGAGGGGGGUGAAGAAGGAAUUGAACAAUGAAAUUUUGGGGCCAGUGAUCGAGUUUCUUGGAGUUCCUUAUGCUGCCCCACCUAUUGGAGAACACCGAUUUCAACCGCCUGAGCCACCUAUUCCAUGGCCAGACAUAAAAAAUGCAACACAAUUUGCACCAGUAUGUCCUCAAAACAUCAUCGAGGGAAGAUUACCAGAAGUCAUGCUUCCUGUUUGGUUUACGAAUAACUUGGAUAUAGUUUCUACUUUCGUACAGGAUCAGAAUGAAGACUGCCUCUAUUUGAAUAUAUAUGUCCCAACUGAAGAUGUCAAAAGAAUAUCCAAGGAAUGUGCCAGAAAACCCGGCAAGAAAAUUUGUAGAAAAGGAGGUCCCCUAACAAAGAAACAGACAGAUGAUUUAGGUGCUAACGAAGGUGCAGAAGAUGAAGACAUUCGAGAUAGUGGGGGACCUAAACCAGUUAUGGUGUAUAUUCACGGAGGGUCUUACAUGGAAGGCACUGGAAAUUUAUACGAUGGCAGUGUGCUCGCAAGUUAUGGCAACGUGAUAGUUAUCACUGUCAACUACCGACUUGGGGUACUUGGUUUCUUGAGCACUGGGGAUCAAGCAGCUAAAGGGAAUUAUGGCCUUCUUGAUCUCAUUCAGGCCUUGAGAUGGACUAGUGAAAAUAUUGGGUUCUUUGGGGGCGACCCGCUGAGAAUAACUGUUUUUGGAUCUGGCGCCGGUGGUUCAUGUGUCAAUCUCUUGACUUUAUCCCAUUAUUCUGAAGGACUUUUCCAAAGAGCAAUAGCUCAAAGUGGAACAGCUCUUUCCAGCUGGGCAGUCAGUUUUCAGCCUGCCAAAUAUGCCAGGAUGUUGGCAACAAAAGUUGGUUGCAAUGUAUCUGACACCAUAGAAUUAGUAGAAUGUCUACAGAAGAAGCCGUAUAGAGAACUUGUCGAUCAGGAUAUUCAACCGGCCCGAUACCACAUAGCUUUUGGUCCAGUUAUUGAUGGAGAUGUGAUACCAGAUGACCCCCAGAUACUGAUGGAACAAGGAGAAUUUCUCAAUUACGACAUUAUGUUGGGGGUUAACCAAGGAGAAGGGCUCAAAUUUGUGGAAAACAUUGUUGAUAGUGAAGACGGCAUAUCUGCUAGUGAUUUUGACUUUGCUGUCUCAAACUUUGUCGAUAACUUAUAUGGGUACCCAGAAGGCAAAGACAUCCUGAGAGAAACUAUUAAAUUUAUGUAUACAGACUGGGCAGAUAGACACAAUCCUGAAACAAGAAGAAAAACACUCUUGGCUUUAUUUACUGAUCACCAAUGGGUUGCACCAGCAGUGGCUACCGCUGACCUUCAUUCAAACUUUGGAUCGCCUACAUAUUUUUAUGCCUUCUAUCACCAUUGCCAAACAGAUCAGGUUCCUGCAUGGGCAGAUGCUGCUCAUGGAGAUGAAGUUCCGUACGUAUUAGGAAUUCCCAUGAUUGGUCCCACUGAAUUGUUUCCGUGUAAUUUUUCAAAAAAUGACAUCAUGCUAAGUGCGGUGGUGAUGACAUAUUGGACAAACUUUGCAAAGACUGGGGAUCCCAAUCAACCAGUUCCACAAGAUACUAAGUUCAUUCACACAAAACCUAAUCGUUUUGAGGAGGUAGCAUGGACCAGAUACUCUCAGAAAGAUCAACUGUAUCUUCACAUUGGAUUAAAACCACGAGUGAAGGAACAUUACAGAGCUAACAAGGUGAACCUGUGGUUGGAACUAGUACCUCACCUGCACAAUCUUAAUGACAUUUCACAGUAUACCUCUACAACAACUAAAGUGCCAUCAACUGAUAUUACUUUCAGGCCAACCCGGAAAAAUUUGGUACCUGUAACGUCAGCUUUUCCUACAGCCAAGCAAGACGAUCCCAAACAACCACCGAGUCUAAUUUCAGGAGAUCAAAGAGACUACUCCACGGAGUUGAGUGUCACCAUUGCUGUUGGAGCAUCCUUGCUGUUCUUGAACAUUUUAGCCUUUGCAGCAUUAUACUACAAAAAGGACAAGCGGAGACAUGAUGUCCAUCGGAGAUGUAGCCCGCAGCGUACAACUGCCAAUGAUCUCACCCACGCACAAGAAGAGGAAAUAAUGUCCCUCCAAAUGAAGCACAGUGACUUGGGACAUGAAUGCGAAUCCAUUCAUCCACACGAGGUGGUUCUUAGGACCGCCUGCCCCCCAGACUACACACUAGCUAUGAGAAGGUCACCCGAUGAUAUUCCUUUAAUGACCCCCAACACGAUUACAAUGAUUCCAAACACUAUACCUGGGAUUCAACCCUUACACACAUUUAAUACUUUUACUGGUGGACAGAACAACACGCUGCCCCAUCCACAUCCUCAUUCACAUUCAACAACUAGGGUAUAGCCAAACAAGAGGAUAUGAACUUUUAUUUUUGGGGUGGAUUCCAGUGGGUUAUAAUUGCUGAAGACUUAUCUUGGCUUUCAACCCUACAAGACUCUUAUUAU